UAAUUCUUCCCCAAAGCCCCGACCCUUUUCCCUCUCUUACACAACUCUCCACACUGAGAUGCUGCCACCCACUAACCCAGUGUAAUGUAUCCACUGUCUUCCGCGUUCGCCAACCGCGAAAAAGCUGCAUCCAAAGCCACUGUAGUUGUUGUGAAGCCUGUCAAAACUCUAACGCACCGCCUCUAUGUCAUUAGCGUAUUUGGAUUUGAGUGGUCGGUUGCUUGGCUGGUGAGUUGUGUGGGGAAUGUGACAGGUUUCGGGCGAGUAGGGAGAACGGUGGGGAUGAUGUUAGUAUCAGAAGUGGUGGAUUAAAAGGGGAAGGAUAGAGAGAGUAGUGGGCUUGUUAAGGGAAGAGGAACGAUUUUCGUUUUAGGGGAAUACUGCUGGUAUAAUAAAUGCGGCAUGAUGCGUGGGGCUACUUUAACGAGAUUUGAAUUGCGC